CGUAAUCUCAGACGUUGGGCACUAAAUGCUUCUGACAUUCAUAGUCUCUUAAGCAGUUGUGUAUCUUAAUACCAGAAACAGCUCACUGUAUAAAAAAAAUCUGAAUGCUUUGUCCAUUUUCAGUAAGGACAAAAGGAAUGAUUCCACAAUUACCUGUGCAGACACCAAGAAAGCAAGUAUCCUCCUCAUUCGCAAGAUUUAUGUUCUGAUGCAAAACCUGAGUCCAUUACCAAAUGAUGUUUGCCUGACUAUGAAGCUGUUUUAUUACGAUGAAGUUACACCAUCUGACUACCAGCCCCCUGGUUUUAAGGAGGGCGAAUGUGAGGGGAUGAUAUUUGAGGGGGAGCCUCUGUCUCUUAAUGUGGGUGAAGUGCCAACGCCUUUUCAUAUGCUGAAAGUUAAAGUUACAACUGAAAAACAACGAAUGGAAAAUGUUGAUAAAAGCAUCCUAAAGCACGGAGAGACUAAUGUGCCCCUGCAGGUGCUCAGAGUGGACAGAGAUGAUCCAGAAGAGGAGAGCCAGGACAUGAAUGUAAGAGGGCAAAUGUUUUGUUGAAUUUUUUUGGUGAUCUAUAGUCUA